AUGGUCGUUACCAACCCCAAUGCCGCCCAGCCCGAGCUUGCAGGAAAAGUCGCACUCGUGACUGGCGGCGGCCGUGGCAUCGGGGCCGGAAUCGCAUUGGAGCUGGCAAAGAAAGGUGCCUCUGUUGCAGUCAACUAUUCCAGCAGCCCAGGGUCCGCCGAGAACGUCGUUCAAGAUAUCGAGGCGCUGGGAAUGGGUGCUCGUGGCGCCGCCUUCCAAGCAGACCUGACAAAGCUGGAGGCGAUUGAGAACCUGUUCCGACAGGUCGUCGCACACUUCGGACGACUGGACAUUGUUGUUUCGAACUCGGGAACUGAGAAGUUCAAGCCGCUAAACGAGACAUCACUGGAAGAUUUCAACGAAGUGUUUGAUCUCAACACCCGCGCCCAGUUCUUCGUCGCCAAGAACGCCUACGACUACAUCCAGCCUGGCGGAAGUGUGGUGCUAAUGUCCUCCAUCGCCGCAGGAAUUGGUGUUCCGGGCCAUGCCCUGUAUGCUGGCAGCAAGAGUGCUGUCGAGGGUUUCACGCGCUGUUUUGCGGCGGAUUUCGGCAAGAAGGGCUGCACCGUCAAUGCGAUUGCUCCCGCCGGCAUCAAGAGUGAUAUGUGGCUCAGCAACUCGUGGCGUUAUGCGCCGGGCUGCGAUCAGAACUCAUCUCUUGAGGAGAUUGAGCAGGCCCUCGCCCAUGGCAGCCCGCUCAAGCGCUGCGGUGUGCCAGCGGAUAUCGGCCGCGUUGUGGCAUUUUUGUCUAGCCCCGCUGGGGAAUGGAUCAACGGUCAAAUUUUGCCGCUGAAUGGUGGUGCCAACAUUUGA